CUUGUGCCUAUAAUGCAGAUGCAAAGAAAACAUACACACACCAGCUGUGUAGAGUAGAUCACAUUGUGGUUCAUUGUCAGUUUGAGUCUUAGCAUCUUAGCUCCAGAUUCUUCUUGGCCCAAAUACAAAGGAAACAAAGACUUACAUAUGACCCUCCCAUGCAUGCACACACACAACCACACACACACUCACAUGCUUACACACACACACACACACAAGUCAGAAGCACACAGCUGUCCAUAAAGAGCAAAGAACGACUGAGAGCUGCCGUAUCAACUGGACUGAAACUGUAAAGUCAAAAGUUGUAACCCGCCGUACAUAGACAUCAGCAGCCCCUGCUGGAUAAUCUGAGAUACAAUGUUGUAAUUUUUAAAUCUGCACAUGAAAAGAGGUUAGAGUUGUGGUUAUGUAACAUCUGUCAUCUGAUCCCUGAUGUAAAUGUAUGUGUCUUUAUGUAUCUUUGAUAUAAAUUAGAAAAUUGUUAGACUCUUUCACCUAGCAUAUCAUGGAGAGUACAUUUACUGGUGUGUUGUAUUGUACAGUUGUACUUUACUAUACUUUGUAGAUGCUAUUUUAUGCUACUUCAAACUUCCACAUAACAACAUUUCCAAUUGCAAUAGUGAACUCUCUGCUCCAUCUCAUUUAGCUGGCUACUAUAGUUAAUUUACUUUCAUCCAUAUUAUGAUUUUAUACAGAAGCUAUCAUUAGCUUAUCACAUUUUACAAAAUGUUUUGGUAUAUAAAAUUAUCUCCACCUCACCCGACUGUAAGAUUGCAACUCUGAAAGUGGCCAUUCUCCUUAUAAAGUAUUUUAUUUGAUAUUUGUCCUACAUUCCUCUGAUGUUUUCCUUAGAGUCAGUCCCGAAGGAGUUAAAGGGUGCAGCCAUGCCCUCAGUGGGUCUUGAACGGGCUUAUAGUGCUGAAUUAGAUUUUUCAGCCACACAUCCUUCGCUGCCAUGCCAACCGUUGAAAAGCUGUGUGGCGGCCAGCUGAGGAGGAGUUUGCUGCAAGUUUCAGGAGUUUUUCACGGCAGAACCAGAGAGCACCGGAAUGAAGUUACUGUGAGGCGGUUGUGAGCUGAUCAAAAGAGGGACAGAAAAGCAGGAAAACAAGUUGUUUACACUGUCAUUGUUGUAGGACCCAGAGGUCACCAUGUUUUCACUGUCGGAGCUGGCACCACUGAACCAGCAUCAGAGCAGGUCUAAAUUGUUGAAGCCCUGGUGGGAGGUCUUCAUGGACUACCUGGUGGUUCUGAUGUUGAUGGCAUCUGUCCUGGCUUGCACUGAGCAGCUGUCCAGGGACAGAGUGGUGUGCAUUCCCUUGGAUCCACUUGUAACUGCAAAUACCAGUGGUCAGAGUCCAUCAGCUACAGGAAAUGGAGCACUGACUCCGUCUUCAAGACCCCCAAUUCAUGUUCCACACAACACCGAUCAUCUUCAUUCCACAGUCCGUGGUCGACGAACACAUCUGGUCUACCAGCAGUAUGUUUACAUUAGUCAGGUGUGCUACCACGAAGCUUUGCCUUUGUGCUCUCGUUUCUUCCCCUACAUGGCCUUGCUGCAGUCUCUUGUGCUGGUAGCCAGUGGUUCCUUCUGGCUCCACUUCCCCCACACCUCUUCCCGCAUAGAGCACUUCCUGGCCAUCUUGGCAAAGUGCUGUGAGUCACCAUGGACAUCUCAGGCCCUGUCCCAUGCCGCCUGGCAGGAGAACAUCCAAGUGAAGGAGGUGAUAGAGGAGACACGACCACCACAACCUCCUCCAUGUUCAAGUUCAUCUUCACCCCCAGGGACACGCACAAGACAAUCAAGCAUAGACUCAGGUGCAGACAGUCCGCUUUUGAAGAGGUCAGAAAGUAGAUCGGUCCCCCCAUCCCCAUGUCUUUCCUCGGUAUCCCGUAACUCCACAAUAUCAUCCACGUCCCUUGGCUCCCAGAUGCACUUCCUGCCUUCCAGGCCCCCACUCAUGGUUGACAGUCCCAGGCAGGUAAUCCACCUGGAUAAAAGUGAUGGGGAACAGGCUAGGGCGCUGUUCGAAAGGGUGAGGAAAUUUCGGUCCCACUGUGAAAGCUCAGAUGUCAUCUAUAAGGUCUAUUUGGCUCAGACAGUAUUCAAAUUGAUGAUGGUAUCACUGAUCGUGAGUUACACCAUCCCUGUUAUCAGCUCCUUCUCCUUCACCCACACCUGUCACCCUGAGGAGCAGGCUCUGGUGGGCUACACAACCUUUGAGUGUAUUCAUGUGCUCUCUUCUCUUAUACUUAAACUACUGUUGGCUUACCUGACCCUACUGGUACUGUAUGGCCUGCUGAACUUUUACACCCUCAUUUGGAUUUUACACAGCUCUCUGCGGCAGUAUUCCUUCCAGGAGUUGUGCUCCCUGAGAGAUGUUCCUGACCUGAGAAAUGACCUGGCUUUUCUUUUACACAUGUUGGACCGGUAUGACCCUUUGCUGGCCCAGCGUCUCUCUGUGUUUUUGUCCCCUGUGAGUGAGAGCAGGCUGCUGGAGGAGAACCUGGAGAGGUGCUGGGGAGAGGAGAAGCUACGUGCCAUAACUAGUGUGGAUGCAGAAGGCUGCUCCAAACUUCAGCUGGUGGCUCUGCCUCGUCUCCCUCCGGCCCUCUUCACCCUCAUUCAGCUCCAUGUCCUCAAACUGGAACUCAUCACAGAUGCCAGGUUUACUGCACAGGUGGCCAACAUGACCUCACUCAGGGAGCUCCACCUCUAUCAUUGCACAGCAGCUGUAGAUCCCAGUGCGCUUGGAGUCCUCCAGGAACGUCUGGAGGUCCUCCACCUCACCUUUACACAAGCGUCAGAGAUCCCCAGCUGGGUCCUCUCCCUCCGAAGUCUGCAUGAACUCCACCUCUCUGGUCGCCUGAGUAGUGAAGGUGGGGUGGGCCGCAGCUGGGCACUGGGGAGCCUCCGCCAAUUACGUCACCUACGUGUGCUGGUGAUUCGAGGUAUGUUGCAACGGAUCCCUGGAGAGCUGUGUGAGGUGGCAGGCAGCCUGGUGAGGUUGGAGAUCUACAAUGAGGGGACCAGGCUGCUUGUGCUGACAGGCUUAAAGCGGAUGGUUGACCUGACAGAGCUGCUGCUGCAGGACUGCCAACUAGAGCGUUUGCCGUCUGCCCUGCUGGCUCUCACCAACCUGCGGAUGCUUGACCUGCAGCAUAAUAACUUGAGAACUCUGGAGGAACUGCUUAGCCUGGCUCAUCUGCAACGUCUUUCUUGCCUCAGACUUGCCUUUAACCGUGUUCUGGCACUGCCGGCCAGUGUUGGUGUGCUGCGAGGCCUAGAGCUGUUAGAUCUAUCCAACAACCAGCUCCAUAGCCUUCCCCCAUCUCUCUUUACUCUUCGUCGCCUUCGUAGGCUCCUGCUGGCUGGUAACCUGCUGGAGGAGCUGCCUGCAGAGGUAAAGUCACUGCAACUGCUCACAGAGCUGGACCUCAGUGGGAACAGGAUAGAGAGCCUUCCUCCAGGGCUGUUCAACAGCUGUUUGGAGCUGCGCAUCCUCAAUGUGGCUCACAAUUCUCUCAGUUCAUUACCCAAGGGGGUUGCAGCUUUAAGUCAGUUGUGCAGGUUGGAUUUGCGCAGUAACAGUCUGGAUGAACUGCCUGCUGAACUGGGCUACUGCUCAGGACUGCACGGAGGUGGUCUCCUGGUGGAAGACUGGCUAUUUCUUUCUUUGCCUCCCCAUGUCAGGGACUUCUUGAGCCGUCCUUGCCCCCCCUCUGGUACAUGCUCAGAGGGUCAUUCCCGGCCUCAGUCUGACAGCUUCCCAUACUUCUCUCCUACACAGUGGAGCUUCUCUUCUGCUCUGGAAUCACAGAUAUAAGACUAACCACAGUCAUUCUGCUAGCAGUAUCCCAACUCUGAUAGUAGACCUAUUAAGUCUGUUCUUUUUGAAUACUAAAAUAUUUUCAUAUCUUUUGAAAAUCAUUUGCUUUAGCAAAGAAUUGCAAAUGAGCCAUUCUUUUAAGAUGCAGUUGCUCAGUUCUUUUUAAUAUGAAGCUUAAACAAUCAUUAUUUUUGCUUUUACAUUUUAGGCCACAUAGUAGACCUGCAUAUUAUGCACAUUGAUUUUGAUACAGCACUGAAAUGAGUAUCAGCCACUGGCUUGAAAGGAGAAUAAAAGCACAUUCACAAAUGAAUAAAACAGUUUAUAUAAAACAGCUUUAUAAAUUUUACAGCUACAAUGAGUAUUUGUUGUAGGUUAAAUUGACAACAGGCAAAACAGACCACCACUGUUAAUCUUGUUAUUGUUUAACAAUAGUUGUUAGACAAAUUGCUCCCUCUUUAGACAUCUUGUUAUUCAUAGAAUGCACAGGAAGAGAGAGUAUGUCUGUGUGUACUGUAUGGUUGAAUAAUGGUUAUCUGAAAUUAAGUGGAAGAGCAGAAAACAUUCUUAAGGGAGGUAUUUCCUGCAGGGAUGUUUCUGAGUGGCAUGGAGCAAAGUUUCAUCUUGUUUGGUAACACAGUGCAUAUUUAAGAUUAGUAUUAACACGAGUAUGAAUGACCCUAAUUGACACCGUUGAAGAUUAACAAUAAGCAGGAUAAAUAUUU